CUUCAGUUAUCAGGAAGUGAAGCUCAGACAGUCGUUGUCACUGAGAGAUGAAAUGGCGCAGAAAGGAGUUCAGCUGGACCGAGAGACUUUCUCUUGUCCGAUCUGUUUGGAUCUACUGAAGGAUCCGGUGACUACUCCCUGUGGACACAGCUACUGCAAGAACUGUAUUAAAGACCACUGGGACACAGAGCAUGAGAAGAGGAUCUACAGCUGCCCUCAGUGCAGGAAGAGCUUCACACCGAGGCCUGAGCUGCUGAAAAACACCAUGUUAGCAGCUUUAGUGGAGGAGCUGAAGAAGACUGGACUCCAAGCUGCUCCUGCUGAUCUCUGCUAUGCUGGAGCUGAAGAUGUGGCCUGUGAUUUCUGCACUGGGAGGAAACUGAGAGCAGUUAAGUCCUGUCUGGUCUGUCUGGCCUCUUACUGUGAGAAACACCUCCAGCCUCAUUAUGAAUCAGCUCCAUUAAAGAAACACAAGCUGGUGGAGCCGUCAGAGAAGCUCCAGGAGAACAUCUGCUCUCGUCACGAUGAGGUGAUGAAGAUGUUCUGCCGUACUGAUCAGCAGUGUAUCUGUUAUCUCUGCUCUGUGGACGAACAUAAAGGCCACGACACAGUGUCAGCUGCAGCAGAGAGGACUGAGAGGCAGAGAGAGCUGGAGGGGAGUCGACACAACAUCCAGCAGAGAAUCCAGGACAGAGAGGAAGAUGUGAAGCUGCUUCAACAGGAGGUGGAGGCCAUCAAUGGCUCUGCUGAUAAAGCAGUGGAGGACAGUGAGAAGAUCUUCACCCAGCUGAUCCGUCUCAUGGAGAAAAGACGCUCUGAUGUGAAGCAGCAGGUCAGAUCCCAGCAGGAAACUGAAGUGAGUCGAGUCAAAGAGCUUCAGGAGAAGCUGGAGCAGGAGAUCACUGAGCUGAAGAGGAAAGACGCUGAGCUGAAGAAGCUCUCACACACAGAGGAUCACAACCAGUUUCUACACAACUACCCCUCACUGUCAGCACUCAGUGAGUCUACACACUCAUCCAGCAUCAACAUCCGUCCUCUCAAGUACUUUGAGGAUGUGACAGCAGCUGUGUCAGAGCUCAGAGACAAACUACAGGACGUCCUGAGAGACACAUGGACCAACAUCUCACUGACAGUGACUGAAGUGGAUGUUUUACUGUCACCACCAAAAACCAUGACCAGAGCUGACUUCUUAAGAUAUUCAUGUAAAAUCACACUGGAUCCAAACACAGCAAACACAUGGCUGUUAUUGUCUGAGGGGAACAGAAAAGCAACAUACAUGAGAAAAAAACAGUCUUAUUCUGAUCAUCCAGACAGAUUCACUGAGUAUCCUCAGGUCCUGAGCAGAGAGAGUCUGACUGGACGUUGUUACUGGGAGGUGGAGUGGAGAGAAGGAGAAGUUGGUGUAGCAGUCGCAUACAAGAAUAUCUGCAGAGCAGGGAGGUCAGAUGAAUGUGGAUUUGGAUUCAGUGACAAAUCUUGGAUGUUAGAUUGUGACACAGACGGUUAUAACUUUUGGUACAACAAAGUCCGAACUCCCGUCUCAGGUCGUCGGUCCUCCAGAGUUGGAGUGUACCUGGAUCACAGUGCAGGUAUUCUGUCCUUCUACAGCGUCUCUGACACCAUGACUCUCCUCCACAGAGUCCAGACCACAUUCACUCAGCCGCUCUAUGCUGGACUUCAGAUUGGCAGUUUGUUUUUUUCCUCUGGAGACUCUGCUGAGUUUUGUAAACUCAAAUACAGAGAGGAGAGCUGUGGCGAGGGCAGCGGCGUGGAGAUCCUGGAGAACAAGCCCUACGAGGACGGCCCGGGAGGUUCGGGUCAGUACACGCACAAGGUCUAUCACAUCGGCAAACACAUCCCGUCCUGGUUCUGUGCCAUCCUGCCUCAAGCUGCCCUGCGAGUGGAGGAGGAGUCCUGGAACGCCUACCCCUACACUCGAACCCGGUACACCUGCCCCUUUGUGGAGAAAUUCUCUAUAGACAUCGAGACGUAUUACAAACCAGAUACUGGAAAUCAGGUGGACGUCUUCAACAUGUCCGCUGCUGAAAAGAGACAGAGGACUACUCUGACAGUCAAACCUGUGGAGGAUGGAGGAGCAGGUUCUGGAGGACCACCGGGCGUCUUCCAGCAGCUCCACUCUGUCACUAGAUUUCCUUGUUCUGCACAAACACUUCCUGUUCAGAUCAGAGCUCAGACUAACUUCCGUUAUCAGGAAGUGAAGCUGAGACGGUCGUUGUCACUGAGAGGUGAAAUGGAGCAGAAAGCAGUUCAGCUGGACCGAGAGACUUUCUCUUGUCCGAUCUGUUUGGAUCUACUGAAGGAUCCGGUGACGACUCCCUGUGGACACAGCUACUGCAAGAACUGUAUUAAAGACCACUGGGACACAGAGCAUGAGAAGAGGAUCUACAGCUGCCCUCAGUGCAGGAAGAGCUUCACACCGAGGCCUGAGCUGCUGAAAAACACCACGUUAGCAGCUUUAGUGGAGCAGCUGAAGAAGACUGGACUCCAAGCUGCUCCUGCUGAUCUCUGCUAUGCUGGACCUGAAGAUGUGGCCUGUGAUUUCUGCACUGGGAGGAAACUGAGAGCAGUUAAGUCCUGUCUGGUCUGUCUGGCCUCUUACUGUGAGAAACACCUCCAGCCUCAUUAUGAAUCAGCUGCUUUGAAGAAACACAAGCUGGUGGAGCCGUCUGAGAAGCUCCAGGAGAACAUCUGCUCUCGUCACGAUGAGGUGAUGAAGAUGUUCUGCCGUACUGAUCAGCAGUGUAUCUGUUAUCUCUGCUCUGUGGACGAACAUAGAGGCCACGACACAGUGUCAGCUGCAGCAGAGAGGACUGAGAGGCAGAGAGAGCUGGAGGGGAGUCGACACAACAUCCAGCAGAGAAUCCAGGACAGAGAGGAAGAUGUGAAGCUGCUUCAACAGGAGGUGGAGGCCAUCAAUGGCUCUGCUGAUAAAGCAGUGGAGCACAGUGAGAAGAUCUUCACCCAGCUGAUCCGUCUCAUGGAGAAAAGACGCUCUGAUGUGAAGCAGCAGGUCAGAUCCCAGCAGGAAACUGAAGUGAGUCGAGUCAAAGAGCUUCAGGAGAAGCUGGAGCAGGAGAUCACUGAGCUGAAGAGGAAAGACGCUGAGCUGAAGAAGCUCUCACACACAGAGGAUCACAACCAGUUUCUACACAACUACCCCUCACUGUCAGCACUCAGUGAGUCUACACACUCAUCCAGCAUCAACAUCCGUCCUCUCAAGUACUUUGAGGAUGUGACAGCAGCUGUGUCAGAGCUCAGAGACAAACUACAGGACGUCCUGAGAGACACAUGGACCAACAUCUCACUGACAGUGACUCAAGUGGAUGUUUUACUGUCACUACCAGAGAACAUGACCAGAGCUGACUUCUUAAGAUAUUCAUGUGAACUCACACUGGAUCCAAACACAGCACACACACAUCUGUUAUUAUCUGAGGGGAACAGAAAAGCAACAGUGAGUCAACAACAGUCGUAUUCUGAUCAUCCAGACAGAUUCACUCUGUGGAUUCAGGUCCUGAGUAGAGAGAGUCUGACUGGACGUUGUUACUGGGAGGUGGAGAGGAGAGGAGAAGUUGGUGUAGCAGUCGCAUACAAGAAUAUCAGCAGAGUAGGGAGCUCAGAUGAAUGUAGAUUUGGAUACAAUGACAAAUCUUGGAUGUUAACUUGUUACACAAACCGUUAUAAGUUUUAUCACAACAAAGUCCAAACUCCUGUCUCAGGUCCUCAGUCCUCCAGAGUUGGAGUGUACCUGGAUCACAGUGCAGGUAUUCUGUCCUUCUACAGCAUCUCUGACACCAUGACUCUCCUCCACAGAGUCCAGACCACAUUCACUCAGCCGCUCUAUGCUGGACUUUGGUUUGGCUGGUCGUAUUAUGGAGACUCUGCUGAGUUUUGUAAACUCAAAUAG